AUGGGUACCUUGACUGGUCCAUUCUACAGUUAUUUGCUGGGAAGCUCAUCAACUGGUUUUACUGAUUUGAUAUUGACUGGGGAGCGUGUCGAAAGUGGAAUUCGAAGUGGGAAAAUUCAGGUGUCUGCCUCUUCUGGUGUUACGAAGAAGCCCUAUAGUGGGAGGACUGAAGCUAAUGUUGUGCACAACCAGAAGGGUCGCAACAAAAACGAUAGUAGCCAAUCUGUUAGGGCUGUCCUGAUUUCUACACCAACACCUCGACCAAAUCAACAGCAGGGAUACCAGCGUAGACAAGACGCGCCUAGAAGAAACUUCACAAAGAUCAAUAUGUCAUUGAAUCAGGCAUGGCAACACCUGCUGAAGGCAAAGAUACUUGCACCAAUAUCUCCACCAAACAUCAAUACAUCUUCUCCUCGCUAUGAUCCUAAUGCAAGAUGUGCUUACCAUUCUGACUGUGUGGGGCAUGACACCAACAACUGUUGGACACUGAAACACAAAAUCCAGGAUAUGAUUGACGCAGGAGAAAUUGAGUUCGAUCCUCCAGAAACUCCCAAUGUUAUCACUGAUCCUAUGCCAAAACAUGACAGAGCAGUCAAUGCUGUUGACCAAGAUUCUUAUGUUACUAAUGUGAUGAGCCUGACUACUCCACUCCCUCUUAUCAAGAAGAACCUGUUGCAAGCCGGUUUAUUUCCGGGUUGUGUUGAAGACUGUUACUACUGCUCGUCUCAGUCAAAUGGUUGUGCAAUGUUGAAGACUGGCAUUCAACGCUUGAUGGAUAAUCGAACGAUCUUGUUUGAAAAAAUGCCUUUUGUGGAAAAUUUGUGUAAAGACCUAGCUCAAAAUUUGAAAUUCGAAGACGUGUCUGUGAUCUCUAAGACUCCUGUGAGAAUUCCUACCAAGGGCCCCAUAAGGAUUACCGUUGAACCCAAGAGUUAUGGCAACGAUGUGUACAUCCAUGGUGUGAAACAAGAAGCUUUGAAUGAUGAGCCAUUUAAAACUCCCAAUCCCGACGUUGACAAUAUCGUGGGGACUAGUAAGGUUACAAGAAGCGGAAGGAUUUUCUCCCCGGAAAUCUCUCCAGAUGCCAAUACCUCAACCCAAAUUCCUGUUUCCGAUUCAACUGCUGAUGUGCGAGGAAAGAGACCAUUGCUGGAACCAGUUCAAACACCAGUUGAAGCUAUUAAUGAAGAAGUCUCCCAGAAAGAAAUGGAUGAAAUCCUGAAGAUCAUCCGGAAAAGUGAUUAUGACGUGAUUGAAAAGUUGGGGCACACCUCCUCCUAG